AUGUCGAGUACCAACGUGCCUCCCACAGCGGCAGAGGAGGGAGUUGAAGCGAUGGACAGCAUGAAUGCUCUGCCUGUUGCGACACACCCUUCGGUCCGUGUGCUCAAAGGUCGUCGAGCGACUGUCAGCACAGGGUCCAAACCAUCACUCACCGGUCUCACUAAUGCGUCACCGCCGACGUCAAGCCCGGCCCGCAUGCGGGCUGUCACUAUCGUUCAGCCUGCCGUGUCAGAAAAGGCUUCUACUGGAGGCCCAACAAGUCAGGCCAGACCACUAGGCUCGCCGCGUGGCUCCACAGCAUCGCCGCUUGGUCGAGUACGUGCUAGGAGUAGAGCAGGUACCAUCACGCAGCGGUUGCAAGGCGAGUUCGACAAAGACGCCCUCGCGGCCUCUGCAUUCCGGGCGGCAAGAGGCGAAACUUAUGAGCCCGAAGUCGAGAUCGAGCGUACAGAUAGUCAAGGUCGUCGUUUCAGCGGUUCGUCAAGCCGGCCGGGCUCGCACGCCCUCAGUUUCGGCCAAGACGCGCAAGACUAUCACGACAGACAGGAAGUCGAGCUACUCGAAGUCGUCGAUCAUUCGGUCUCGACGGCGGCUCAUCUGACGAACAUCGGUCGCUCAAUCGGUCUACCUGCUGGUAUUCCUUUCUUGACGACUCAAUCGCCGGCAGUGGCCAUACCACAACGUGAGGAUACCGUGACCACAGUUGCAUCUAAACUGCCUGUCAGCGACAGACCAGAGGGACCUUUGCCAGACGCGAGCGACAAAGCGAGCAUCAGUUCGUCUGCGGCCGAUCUGGACGCCCACAUCAUCGCUUCGCACAAGAAAACCAAGAAGGAAAAAUUCCGAGCCAUCAUGAAGGGCGUCUGGGCGUUCAUGAAGACGCCGCUCGGCAUCUUUGUCACCAUCUAUGGGAUUUGUGUCGUUUUCUUUGGCGCGGCGCUUGUUCUGAUCCUCAUGGGUGCCAUCCCUUCACACUAUCACUCGCAUGAUCUCUAUGUCGAAUAUUGUUCACAAGUGCUUGACGGUCUCUUUUGUAUCACCGGUCUCGGUCUCAUUCCCUGGCGGGUCGUCUCGCUAUGGCACAUGGCUCACAUAUGGACAUACGCCAAUCGUGUCUGGCGGAGACGGCGCAGAGGCGGCAUGGCAGUACUGCGCGAUCGAAACGACCUGCCCGAUCCUGAAUGUUUCGCCGGACUAUCCGAGAAAGAGAAGUUGGCUCUUGAAGAGUCUACAGAGGCGCCGGAAGAAGUCGUUCUGACCGACAAAGAACUCAAGUCGCUUCGCUAUCAUCAGAACAAGUUUGCUGCCGGGCAGACAUGGUACAAGCCGCAUGCUACCCCGACUCACAGAGCCUUCCCUCUCUCCUGGGCCCUUUGGAUCUGCCUCUGCAACAUCGUCAACAGCCUGGCUCAGAUCGCUCUUCUGACCGUUAUGACGACCUACAACUACCGCAAUCGACCUGCUGUCUCCACAGCAUUGUGCAUUGUAGUCGGCUUUGGCGUUGGUAUAACCGCAGGUGUCCUGAUCUGGCAAGGCUCAGAGAGGACAAAGAAGAAGAAGGAAGUUGCAGAGGCUAUUGAGGCGCACGAGCAAGACCUCAGCUCGGACAGCAAAGCUGGACUCUCUGCCAAAGCCUCGGAUACGAGCGUUUGA